AAGGAUGAUGAGAAGAAGAAGAAGACUAAGAAGAAAUGUAAAAAAAGGGAGGAAAGGAAGAAAGGCACAGUCAGCAUCUGCAGACCAGCUGGCCCUAAAUAACAACUGCCCCGAGAAGACAGUGGUUACUAUCGGCUGUGCUGAGCCAGCUCUUAACAUCGGAUGCAUGAAAGUGGCACUUCUUACCAUCGACCGCGCAGAGAAGCUAACUCCUAACAUCGACUGCACUGAGCAAGAUCUUACCAUUGACUGUGCGAAAAAGCCAACUCCUACCAUUGACUGCGCAAAGGUACCCACUCCUGUCAUCAGGUGCGCAGAGGAGCGAGCUGUUAACAUUGACUACGCAGAGGUGCCAGUUCUUAACAUCAACGGCACAGAGCAAACUCUUACCGCCGACUCCGUGGAGGGGUCUGAUAUUACCCUCAACUGCGUAGAGCAAGCUCUGACCAUAGAAUGGAUGAAAGAGGCAGAUAUUACCAUCGACUGCGUCGAGCAGCCAAUGCCCACCAUCGACUGCGCCGAUGAGCUAACUCCUACCAUCAACUGCGCUGAAGAGCUAACUCCUACCAUUGACUGCGCAGAUGAGCUAGCUCACACUAUUGACUGCGUUGAGGAGCGAACUCCUACUCUCGCCUGCGCAGAGGAGCUAGCUCGCACUAUUGACUGCGCCGAGGAGCUAACUUAUACCAUCGACUGCACAGAGGAGCUAGCUCACAUUAUUGACUACGUCGAGGAGCAACCUUCCACAAUCAACUGUGCUAAGGAGCUAACACCUACCAUCGACUGCGCCGAGCAGCCAACGCAUACUAUCGACUGCACCGAGGAGCAACCUCCAACUAAGAACUGCGCUGAGGAGCUUGCUCCCACCAUUGACUGCGCAGAGGAGCUAACUCCUACCAUCGACUGCGCCGAGCAGCUAACUCUUACCAUUGACUGCGCAGAGGAGCAACCUCCAACUAAGAACUGCGCUGAGGAGCUUGAUCCCACCAUUGACUGUGCAAAGGAGCUAACGCCUACCAUCGACUGUGCCGAGCAGCCAACGCCUACCAUCAACUACGCAGAGGAGCUAACUCCUAACAUCGACUGCGUCAAGGAGCUGACUCCUACCAUUGACUGCACUGCGCAGCCGAUGCCUACCAUCGACUGCCUACCAACGCAUACCAUCAACUGCACCGGUCAGCCAACGCUUACCAUCGACUGCGCAGAGGAGCGACCUCCAACUAUCAACUGCGCUGAAGAGCUAACUCCUACCAUUGACUGCAUCAAGGAGCUAACUCCCACCAUCGACUGUGCAGAGGAGCUGGCUCCUACCAUCGAAUGCGCCGAGGAGCUAACUCCUACCAUCAGCUGCGCUGAGAAAGAUCUUACUACUGACUGUAUGAAAGACUCACUUCCUACCAUUGACUCUGUAGAGCGGCCAACAUCUAAACCUGACUGCGCUGAGAAAGAUCUUACUACUGAUUGUAUGAAAGAGCCAACUCCUACCAUCGACUGCACAGAGGAGCUAACUCCUACCAUUGACUGUGCAGAGGAGCCAGCUCGUUUCAUUGCCUGCACAGCAGAAUUGCACAGAGCUGUUGCCAUCGACUGUGUGGAACAACCUCCUGUUGACAUUGCCUGCACAAAGCCACCGUCCCUGUCUGUUGGUCAUACUGACCAGGAAGAAGAACGAAAGAAGAAAAAGAAGAAAAAAUGGUCUUUGAAGAAAGGAAGGAAGGGGACAAAAACAGUCCACUGCUCAGAAGAGCCAGUCCUAACUCUCCACUGCUCAGAGCAGACAUCGACCUGUAACAUCGACCGUGCAGAGCAGACAUCGGUCCAGAACAUCGGCCGUGCAGAGCAGGCAUCGAUCCAGAACAUCAACCGUGCAGAGCAGCCAGCUCUUCCUAUUGGCUGUGUAGAAAAGCCUGCUCUGUCUAUUGACUGUACAAAACAACAAAGGCUGGAAUUCCAAAGCUGUAGGAAGUUCCUGGAGGAACACAGCAUCCAGAAGGAGACCCAGAGGAUUACGAUCGAUCACACUGUUAUCGGGUUCCCAAACAUCGGGAACACGUUACAUGAACGCGACUCUCCAGAGUCUCUUCAGAGUCCGAAUCUUCACCCAGGACAUCAAGGGAGAGGAAGGCUGCUGGAGGUCAAAUAUGACCACUUUACUGAAGUGCUUUGUGGAUCUGCACUCAGCAAGGGCUGGUCACAGCAGAAGGCAAAAGAUCAGCCUGCUGAAGACCUUAAAACAGACCAUCGUGACAAACUUCAGCGACUUCUGUGGGAAUGAGCAGCAGGAUGCUCAUGAGUUCCUCAGUGUUCUCCUGUCCCAGCUUAAAGAGGAGGGGGUUUCCCUGAGGACAAGGGAGGGGCUGCACCCCUACACCUGUUCCAUCGAGGCAAAUUUUGAAUUUGACCUCCUGACCACCAGAACGUGCCUCAGGUGAGCCGCUCAUGUGCGGUCUCUCCCAUGUGCUCGGCUAAACUGAACAGUUGGAUUUCACUCCUUGACUGGAACUGUCUCCAUCCCCACCUGUGCCUGUUAGCAUUCAAUUCUGUGUCUCUGUGGUUCCCUCUCCAAAGCUGUGGGGAGAAGGUGCGUAGAACGAAGUCAUAUAACUGCUUGUCUGUGGACUUAGUCCCUGGGGGCUUCAUACAAGACAGUUUGGCCCUCUAUUUCAAGGUAAGUAUCCACCAGGGAGACUUCCAAAUACUGCAAGCCGAGUGUUGAAUGUGUUGCUAUGCUUUGUGGUGUGCAAAGUCAGUGCUGAGUAUGUUACUGUGUUUUCCAGGCUGUGAGCUCUGUGUUGAGUGUGUUAGUGUGCUCUGUGGUCUGUAUUGAGUGUAUUAUUGGGUUUUGUGGUCUGUGAGCUCUGUGUUGAGUGUGUUAGUGUGCUCUGUGGCCUGUAUUGAGUGUAUUAUUGGGUUUUGUGGUC